UGCUCGAUGUACGAUCUUGACUCAGAGGUGCUGAUGAAUUUUGGAAAAGAAGCGGAUAAGAGGGUUAAGAGGCCGAAACUAGGGUACAUGAUUUGGAGGUUCAGUUGGUUGAGCCGUUCAGGCUUUGGAUGAAUUAGAAUUAUGAGGCUUCUCAACCAGGAUCUGCCACGUUUCCUCAAAUUAAAAACCUUUCAUUUAAAAGGCUAGCAAAUAGCCCUCUGUUUUCUUUCAAAUUGAAUUCAAACAAUACGCGGAAAAUAUGUACCUCCAAAUCGAAUUUAGGGUUCUCAUUUCCAAUGGAAUGUUACAGAGAGAAAGAACUGAUUAUUUGGCGCGAAAUUCAGUUGGUGCAGUUUGAAUGUACUACGACAUCAUUUUGUAAUUUGACAAUUAAUUGAUACGGUGUCAUCUUAGUUGGGCGCGUAGUUAUAUGCGGGAAUAUGGAAUGAAAAUUUGAAUAUUCCAGUUGCAAUUCGUUUGUGAUUUCCUUCUCUUCUGUUCUGAUUGUUUCUCUUCUCUGUGCUGAUUUAACUCUCUCUUCUUCCUGUACUUCUCAACGGCUUGCAUCAUGGAACUGCCCCAAGAAGGCUAUAAUCACGUAAAAGAGUCCAUUGAAAACACUCUUACGUCUUCCAAUUUCCCAGGAAAAUCUCCAAUUAAAGCUUUCGGCCUCUCAAGAAUCACUUCAACGCCUUCGGAAUCAGAAUUUUCUUUUACUCUCCAAAGUGAGAGAAAAGGAUCAAAUCAUCGAUCUUGUUAGGGCGGAGGCGAGUAUGAACGCGCAGACCGUGAGGAGGUUUGUGGAGGAAAACCAGAGGCUUGCCGAGGAGUGUAAGAGAUUGUUGUGUGAGUGCAGUAGGUGGGAGAAAGAGUGUUCGAUGUACGAUCUUGACCGAGAGGUGUUGAUGGAUUUUGGAAACGAAGCGGAUGAGAGGGCUAAAGAGGCCGAAACUGGGGUUCAAUAUUUUGGUUCAGGUUUUGGAUCAAUUAGAAAUAUACUAGGACCAGUCUGAAAAUCGUAUGGGCAAUUCUUCUGCUGAGAGCACUGCUAUGGAAGAAAAUUCACUCGAGUCUGUUUUAGCAGCAUUAGUCAGUGAUGAUGAUCUUAUGUCUGGUCAUGCAUUCUUGGAAGCUAAUGGCGGUCAUGAAUUAUGUCACUCAUUGCUGAAAAUGUGGAAAAGUUUGAGGCCAUCAACUCAAAAGGUCAUAUCGCUAGCUGCUGUAGUUAGGACACUUGAGAAGGAUAAAGAAUGUCUUAGGGUGAACCUUGAUACAGCUGAAGAGGAGGUGAAAUUGCUAUAUGAAGAAAACAAAAUAUUGAAUAAGGAGAAUAAAAAGUUAUUGAGACAACUCCACAGACACAGGAACCGUAAUGAUUCCAAUGGAAAGCAAACUAGCAGUGCAUCUGCCAAGUCAAACAAGUGAAAAUCAAGUCCUAAAAUGAGUAGCCCAGUUGAGAAGAAGAUUGAGCUGGAUCUGGAUCUGGAUCUGGCUGCAAGACAACCUCUGUCACCAUUGUUGUGUAACUCUCCAGACUUCAGAAUGCAUAAUUAAUAGCAAUGACUUGAAGUAGUGUUCUUAUUUCUUUUCUUCCUCCUGGAAGUUGAUGGCGUUAGAAUUGAGUUCUCAAAGACAGCUUUUCUGAAGCUGCAAAAUUUGUACCUUUUGUAAGGUGUCUCAAACUAACUUGCAAGACUAUAAGGAUUUUAUCUUCACCAGUUUUUUUGUAUUCUAUGGAAUCGUCCAGAUUAGGCUUGACUUUAUGUAAAGCAAAACAGUUUCAAGUAAUGCCGUGAUGAGAUUGUUCAAUGUCCCCAAAUCUCAUUAUUAUUAUUGGAACUAUAAUGACCUAA